AUGAAAGAAAGAAAAGAAGAAGACUGUGUGUUGAGAGAGGUCGUUGAGAGAGUGUGGGAUAGAGAAAGAAGUCGUCGUCGUCGUCGUCGUCUUGAAGAUGAGGAAGAGAAGACAGACGCCAAAAGUCAGACCGGGCUGCGGAGGGGAACGGCGGUACGGUACGGUACGGGUACAGGUACAGGGCCAGGCACCGUAUUGGUCCUGUACCGGGGGGCGAGUUGGCUGCGGCAGGGUACCCGUACUGAGGAAACGGGCCCCAACCUCCUCCAAGACAGGCACAAAAGCCUCCAGCGUGUCGAUCUAUGGGGCUCCAUGCGCUUGGAGGCUGUGGCCCUGUGGGUAACUAACUUGCACACGGAGCUACCCGCCAGGAACAGGCUCCUCGUUUACGACAUGUCUGAUGGCUUCAUCAUAGAUAUCUGGCACUACCAGGGACCCCCGGCCGCGAAAUGCCAGCUACUGAAAUCGCGGGUGGUAGCAGGGCUUGUCGGAACUAUCCCCUCGCAUGGAUACGCAAACGAUUUACAUUUUCGUGUAGGAUUAUUAUGGGGCCACGCUGCCAUUAUUAUUAUCACUCCGUCUGAUGGCCCAUGCCACGGGCGGAGGAACGCCACCACUUCAUAUUUCGCGGCCCCCGAUCCACCACUUCGGGGCUUCAUGCCUGUCCAAGUGAUGCGUACGGAGUACACUGCAUCUACAAAGUCAUGUUCCUGCGUUAGCUCGACUCGUGUCGCGCGUCUGCAUAGGGGCAAAUUGGACCAACCAAAAAUCCAUGAUCUGCUUGGUUUCACCACCCCUUGGGUCCCUAGUUUUAUCCCGCCUCAAGAACGCAACUCCUUGUCUCAAGAUCCAUAUCUUCAGUGCUACGUACGUAUUCAAAUCUUCACCGGGCCCCACGAUGACCGCCAGUCGAACGGGUCUGUUGAGUUGCGCGGCUGGGUGAAGUCACAACCCCAUACUACUGCGUAUACUUCCACUCUCCUCCGGCCAAGACGUCCUAGAAUUGACGGAUUCAAUUUUGCCGCUGCGCUAAAGGAAUGCGCGCCGAACACCUUAUAUUCGAUGAUGAAUGGGCUCUUCUGUUCAGCAUUCAGGGGUAAUUUCUAUUGGCGAGUUUGAACCAGCAUCUUCUUCAUGGAUUGAUUGAUCAGUGCGAUAUCACCAACAGCCCGAGAUCAUCAAGCAAGCCCAUCGUGAUGCACAAGCAGCUAUCCUCCAGCUGUUUCCGUUCUUCAGGAAACGGUCCAAAGUAAAUACCACGAGUCUACAGCAAGGAAUCUUGGAAGCUACUCCCCGAUUCCGCCACAAGCCCCACUUGAAACUCUGAUCAGACGUGUAAUAUUUUAGCCAUCAUUAUUUCAAACUGAACCGUGAUUACAGAAAUAGUUACAGUUUCAAUCGCAAGAGCUUCAAAGUGGGCGAUAAAUGCAUUGUAGCCACGCCC